AUGUCCGGAAAAGCGCCUCUGGUCGCAUUCUGUGAGGAGUUCGACGAGGACAGUGAAGUUGUCCUACCCGAAACCCGUCAGGUCGCCAACAUCAAAAAGAGCACCGCUCCUCCGCCGCCUCCUCUUCCUUCCCCUCCUCCUGCGGUGUCUGUUCCUCAGCCACCACCAUCUCCUCCUCCCCAACAGCCACCGCAACAGAGCCAAAAAUACCAGCAAAAGCAGCAAAAGGCUCAUCGCUACAGGCCAUCACACCCUUUCGACCACGCGAGUGACUCCGGCUAUUCUAGUCGCACUGUCACCAGUUCUCAGUCGGUCCCGUCGGGCGCCAACGUCUUCACCGAGCCGCCCACCACCACCAGUCUUCCCACGAUAAAUACUACUAAUAACACCCCAGCUCCUCCCCCUCCUCCUCCUACCAUCAACAAUACUACUACUACGAAAAAGAAGAAGAAUACCAAGGGUCGCGACAAAAUGCAGGCCAACCCAUCGUACCCUCCAGGGCCUUACCAUGGUUCUUCCCACAAUCGGUCGUCCUCCACUUCCCGACCCAAGGAAAAUAACACCCACUUCCGUCACUAUCCCGGUACUUGCUGGGAAUGUGAAAAUGGCAUCUAUCAUUCUGCCGGCCCAUCUGGUCCUUCGACUCCCCUUGAAUAUCCGUAUUAUAUGUCGCAGCCACAGGCUUUGCCAGAAUACCAGCACCCGACUCCACCGCCGCCACCACCUAUGCCCGCUGCGCAGCACCCCUCCUCAUACUCUGCUCUACCUCCACCUCCACCACCACCGGGCGCUCCAGAUGUCCAUGUCUCCAGUAGUCGACCGUCCGCCCGUUCGAAUCGCUCCAAUUCAUACCAUGCCAAUGGCCGACCGUUGAGUUUUCACGGAAUGAUGCCCGGCGCUGGAAACGGCGCCAGUGGCAGCAAUGGUGUCAGCAACUACUACAAUAUGAACCGCUAUGAACAUGGUCCCCCGCUGUCUGCUUCGGCGUACGCGAAUUCGCCUUCGUUUGGUCCUGCCAACUACGGCCCUCAACCGCCAUUCUACUCUCUGGCGGACUACGGUCCUCCGCCCGCUGAGCACGGUCGGGAACGUUCCAUGUCUACCACACGGGAGUACCCGAGGGACCGUCGCUCAUCCGUGUACGGCCCGCCCAUGGUCGACUAUGACCCGCCCACCCCAACCUACGACGAUGGGGAACCCCUGGACCGUGUCGCCUCGCGGGAUUCCCGUGCUCCUAUGUCCCCACAAUCGCCUGCCUACGAUCCCGAUGAGGAUUACUAUCGCAUGCCCCCACCUCCGAUCAAGAAGACCUCCCCACAGAUUAUCCAGAAACGCCCUGAGCUGCAGCGGAAGCCCGCUAGUACAAAUGCCGUUACACAUGGCCGUCGAGGGUCGACUUUCGACAUGACUGACAUGGACGCGGCGCUACCCGGUGAUUACACGCCACCUCGCACGCCGCGCUACCGACGCUCUCGAGAGAAUCUCAUCCCGGAGCGCAGCCGUAGCCUGCGGUCCAGCCGCGCCUACCGUGACUCUUCUGCUCGUCCGUCUCGCAUGGCCGUCGAAGGUGCUCGACGCCGUCGGGAGGUCGUGUACGAUUAUGACUCUGAGUUUGACGAUAUUGACGCGGACGAAGCUGCUAGCGACCUUGUGGACAAGCAGCGCGAAGCCGAGGAAUACCAAGCAUCCAAGUCCAAGGGCCAUAAAGCCGUGCCCGUUCCACUGACGGAGGAUGCCUUGUACAAAACCAAGGCAUCAAGAGCAGAGAGCGACAGCGGAAGCCAGAAGAGCCGUUCAAACAGCAGCCGUGCCAGCGAUGCCCGUACGCACAGCGCAAGCAACGCAGGCACCAACAACGUCAACACCAUCAAAGAGGAUGAAGACAAGAACCUUGUCAUGACCAUGAAUGGUGUCACCAUGAGUUUUACUCAGGAGUCCAUGAACAGCAAGAAGAUCAACCUGCGCACCAACAACACGGGAGCUCUUGAACUCAGCGUCGAGGGCAAGCGGCCCAAGAAAUACCUGACCUCCGGGGGAUCUGACUACACGGGAGCCGUUGCUCGGCGGGAAAUUGAGCCACCCGCCCCUGCGCCUCGACAGAUUCGUGAUAGGCCUGAUAGGCCCCGAUCAGAACGGCACCACAGUCGCCGUUCUAGUCGGUCUACCUAUGGUACUGGCCGAUUCUUGGCUUAG